AUGGAACCUACACUGGGAAGAUUUGAGAUGGAGAAAUUUACCGGGAAAGAGGAUUUCGGGAUGUGGAAAUACAAGCUGCUUGGUCAGCUGGAGAUCCAAGGUCUUGCAUCGUCCUUGAUGAAGAUUUCUCGAUCUACGUUAAAUCUGAGAAAGCAGGAAGAAGGUGCAUCACCAAGGAAAGAUACAAAGAAAGCAGCACAGGAUCUAAGGAUGAGAAACUUACUUGGUACUUGCCUCAGUGAUGUGAUUUUGAGGAAAGUGAUGGAUUCACCAACAUCUCGAGAUAUGUGGCUUGCCCUGGAAGAAGAGUAUCAGGCAAAAUCAUUACCAAAUCGGAUUUAUCUCAAGCAACAGUUUGCUAGCUUCCGCAUGGAUGAGAAUAAGAAUUUGGAAGAUAACCUGGAUACGUUUCUGAAGCUUAUAGCCGAUCUUGCCAGUUUGAAGAUUACCAUCAGUGAUGAAGACCAGGCCAUUCAACUCCUCACGAGUCUGCCUCCAGCGUAUGAGCAGCUAGUUCAUACUCUUAAGUAUGGAACUGGGAAGGAAACUCUCACGGUUCGAGAGGUUAAAAUCAUCUGCAUACGCAAAAGAAGCAGAGCUUAG